GAGGGGAACCCAGGCUGGUGAUACACGAGGAUGCUGCUUUCGUGCGACGUCACACUCAGGAUGGAUGCUCUCUAGGACCAGAAUACUUCCAACGCGUUUCGAAAUUACUGAAUUUCUUCAUCAGGGAACCAGAAAUUAGCGCCAAUGAGCAGAUCAUCUGGAAAUGACACUGGGGGCACGCCCCCUCUUCUCCACCAAUAGGAAGCCGUCUCUCUCCAGCCCACCUUACCUGCGGCCGCAAUAAAAGGAGCUGCGCGGGGCUUCUCUUCAUUACUGAUCUCCGCUCUGCAGCAGUGACAACCGAGCUCCCAGCAUGCCCGAGCCAGCCAAGUCCACCCCAGCGCCCAAGAAGGGCUCCAAGAAAGCCGUCACCAAGGUCCAGAAGAAGGACGGCAAGAAGCGGAGGAAGAGCAGGAAGGAGAGCUAUGCCAUCUACGUCUACAAGGUGCUGAAGCAGGUGCACCCCGACACCGGCAUCUCCUCCAAGGCCAUGGGCAUCAUGAACUCCUUCGUCAACGACAUCUUCGAGCGCAUCGCAGGGGAAGCCUCCCGCCUGGCUCACUACAACAAGCGCUCCACCAUCACCUCCCGGGAGAUCCAGACCGCCGUGCGCCUGCUGCUGCCCGGAGAGCUGGCCAAGCACGCCGUCUCCGAGGGCACCAAGGCCGUCACCAAGUACACCAGCGCCAAGUGAGCGCCCCCCGCUCUCCGGACCCAAAGGCUCUUCUCAGA